GGCACCAAGUGAGAUGACUUGCCACCAAUUUAAUCAAAUCAAAAACGUCAUAUCAUUAAAAAAUCAUAAAAUGUCUGAUUCUGUUUACCUAAAACUGCUGACUUUUAAACAAGGUAGGUAGGUCUACACAUGACAUAGAGCGAUAGUUGCAAUUAUUUUUGGCUAUAUGUUGAAAAGCUAAAAAAAAUCAGAUGUAGUACAGGCAUUGGCAUAGCAACAGUCCACGCAUUCCGUGUGACUCGAACCUUAUUUAUUUUUUGAACAACAGGGUUAAUGACUCUCUUCAUAGUUGGUGUCGCUCAGCAGAGAGCUGUAUGAAGACGUGCACCUCCCUACUAGCAAUAAGAUGUUACCUCCUUGCCUCCGUAUGAACGCUUUUUACAUACUGGGCCGCGAGCAUUGCGCGCCACCGUUAGCCCCGUCCACGUGCAAACGCGACAGUGUGGGGGGGUGGGUCCAACACAGCCCUCGCUCUCUUCUCUUCAGCGUCAUUCGCCGGGGCGGGGCAUUUGUGCGGGGGCCAUUGGUAGCUCGGUUUCAGCCUUUUACGUAUCACUAGUGGCCCGUACUUCCAUCUCCCGUCCGCGCCAUUGUGUGACAUCGAGACUGUCGAACCGAAGACCGCCGUACGGGUUUCUCCUGGAGAGUACUCGGCUUGUUUUCAACAUUAUAGACGGGGCUCUUUAUGAUAUCCUGAUGUUUCGAUUUUCCACUCCGGUGCCUUUUGAUGUGAUAUAUGUUCGGUAAAGGCGCAAAGCGGAAGCUGGACGAGGAGGAUGACGAGGGGCUGGAAGGCCAAGCGCUGGCGUCGCCUGUGGCCCCUGGAGCGGCGGGGGGGCCCGGGCCCCGGUGGCCCGAGGGCCCCUCCAAGGUGUCGUACACGCUGCAGCGGCAGACCAUCUUCAACAUCUCCCUGAUGAAGCUGAUGUACAGCCACCGCUCGCCGCCGGCCGAGCCGCGGCUGGAGCGCCGCGUGCUCAUCAACAACAUGCUGCGACGCAUCCAGGAGGAGCUCAAGCAGGAGGGGGCGCUGCGGCCGCCGCUGCUGCUGCUGCCCCCCUCGCCGCCGCCAGACGACCCCAUGGACGAGACCUUCCGCGAGGCCCCGCCCGCCGCCGGCAGCGGGCCGGGGCCGGCCACGCCCGGGCCCCCGCCGGCGAUGCCCGCCUCCCCCGUGACGCCGGCGUCGGCCGCCCAGCUGCCCCAGCAGCUGCUGGCCCUGCCGCCGUCGCCGGCCCCUCGGCCGACUCCUCCGCCUCCUCCUCACACGGCCACGCCCACCUGCCCGCCUGCCACGCCCACCGGCCCCGCCCCCAUGGAGGCCUGCCUCACGCCCGCCUCCCUGCUGGAGGACAACGACACGGCUUUUUGCACUUUGGCCCCGCCCACCCUGCCGCUCUCCCCUCCCCCCACCCCCCCAAACUGUCAGCCUGCCAGCCCCCUCCCCCUCCCCCCCAGGGGCCCCUCCCCCCACGGUGCCGGCUUCUUCCCCCCGGCCCCGGCUAGCCUGGCGCCGGGCCCCCCCGCAGCCAUAGCAAAGACAGCAGCAGCUAACACCACAACUACCUCCCCCACGGCCCCCGCCCUCCCCCUGCCCUCCCCCCCGCUCCCCCUCAGGGACAGCAGGACCACGGCCCCCCGGGCCGAGGUGGCGGUCGUCUCGCCCUCCUCGGUCGGCGUGGCGGCGGACGCGGCCCCCGCCUCCCACCCCUACCCGCCUGCGCCCCCCUCCCCCUCGGGGUUCCUCUCCGACCUGGCGCUGGACGACAUCCUGUUCGCCGACAUCGACACGUCCAUGUACGACUUUGACGCGUGCACCACGGCGGGCGCCGUCACCGCCAAGCUGUCGCCGGCGGUAACGGCCGACGACCUCCUCAAGUCACUGACGUCGCCGUACGCCGUAGCACCCGCUCCCCAGGUUUCAGCCAAUCAGCCGUUCAAGAUCGACCUGACGGAACUGGACCACAUCAUGGAGGUGCUGGUUGGCUCGUGAGUAAAGACAAUGUAGACCUUUAGCACCGCAGCAGAAUGGACUGGAAUCAAAGCUGUGGGCCCUUUUUACCUUUCUCCCGAUUGUCCUUUUAUUUUGUAUUUCUGUUCUUUCUUUAAUACAGUUUUCAAGAAUCGGUAAUUGUAAGCAUCAAUGUGAUGUAAUUUACUACUUCUAUUACUACUACUAUUACUACUACACCUACCACUACUACUACAUAACAUUGUGCAUGCACUGUGCUUGCCUUUUCCAAAAGAGAAAGGACAUAAAGUGACCAGGAAACAUGGAUUAUCAUGCACACACACACACACACACACACACACACACACACACACACACACACACACACACACACACACACACACACACACACACACACACACACACACACACACUAACACAACACACACA